CCCCCACGACCAGUCUGACGGGCUCAUGCUUAUAAACAUAUCCUGACGGUGUCGACUCGUUUAGACCCAUAUAAUCACCUGGUUUAAUCCAGGUCUCAGUGAGACAGAGUGCAUCGAGAGGGUGACUGUAUUAUGUAAGAUAAGUAUAACAGUUAAUUAAUAAUGACAUAAGCUUUAUCAGAGAGCUCCCCUGCUGACUACCAAUACAUCUCACCUUAACAUGCCCACUCCUCAGCAAUACUAAGUGAACUCUCCUAUUUGCUAACUACACUUACUGAUAUCCAUGCGACCCUGCAACACGUCUCCAAUCAUCGCUUGCUACUAUUAUACUACUUGCUCUGCUUACAUCUGACUAUCAUUAUUGAUCUCCUACUCAAUAAAACCAUCUCACUGUGUCUUCUUCCUCUGGAGCUGACAAAGGCAUUUUAGCCCUCUCUGACCCUGACACUUUUUUAGUCACAGAUACCUUCCUCUCCUCAUUUUCCUCAUCACUUACUCUCUCUUUGCCUGCUAUGCUCUUAAUCCAGGAAGACAUCAUGUCAUGCUACUUGGCUAUUGGAAUUGUUACACUGCAGUCUAGUAGAAUUAUGUGCAUCAGAGAGAAAGUGGAAGAGAUCACAUCUUGACAAUGAUCUGAUUUUGUACAGUAACUUUUCCUGAAACCGCCUUUUACGACCAAAAGCUGGAAAAGGUUGGAAGUUCAAACUACACAAACUUCAUAUCUUUUCUUCACUACUCAAAACACUGGCUCUUCUGGCGUCUAGGUGGUAGAACAAACUUCCACUUGAUAUCCAGCUGAGUCUCUAGCAGUCUUCAUACAAUGUCUAAAUGCAAAUGCAAGUCCUCCAAUGGGUAUUAAUUUAGCACUUCUAAAAAAAAAAAUAAUAAUAAUAAUAAUUAUCUAACAGUUUUCUCUCCCAACAGUUUUACACUGAUGUAUUUUUAGUUUUGUGUCCAAAUGAACCAUCAUUAAAAUAGAUUUCCUGAUGAAGACUUUAAGCAUUUUUAAGACACUUUGGAUAAGGGUGUCUGUCAUAUACCAUAAAUGUAAAUGUAGGAAAAAGAAAAGCCAGGUCUACCUACUUUAUACUACCAAAAUAAACAUUAAUCAGGGCAUGACUACGUAACUUUAAAAAAAAAUUAAUUAACUUAGUUUGGUCCCACUAUUGAUUUUUUUUCUCUUGGUUCUAGAAGUCAAUAAAAUGUCUAAAUUAGAGCACAUAAUUAAACUACUAUUUGUUAAUUAUUCUACAUUCAGUCUACAAUGUGACUGCUACAGUGAGUGUUGAAUCUCAGCCAAUCAGAAGGCGGAAUGGUCUACAGUGAGUUGUUAUAUUUGGGUAUCUCAAGUCCAUAACACCAGCUUUGGUGAAGAGAAAAUAAAUUUGAACGAAAGAAACGCUGUGUAACAAAAAAGAAAAAAGUCACUGUUUUAAAGUGAGUUUAUAAUGAAUUAUUUUAACAGAAACAAAAACGUCGACAGUUUCACAUAGUAAUAAAAUCAUUUGCAUCUAUUUUUCACCAGUGAAAUCAGGGGAGAGCGCGAACGCAGUCCCCCACUACCAUAAAUUAUGCAGUCGAGAUUCCCACAUUUGGGGAAUUCGCAGGGGUCAGCACAACCGGAGUGCAAUGGUUGAGCCUCGCCCUGGGUGAACCACCUUCUUGAUCAUGGUAUCUCCCCUGCCAGGUAAGUAUGAGUUGGAAACGGACUGUGGAGCGCCGUCACCAUCACACACACACUUUACCAUCAUGGUUUUAGAAAAUUAUCAGAUCUCCCUACAGGUCUGGCUGCUGGGAGGAUUCCUUGGAGGGGGCUUAUUUAUGUUGUGUCCAAGCUGUUCAGCUAUCAAAGCUGGUGGAAAGGGUUGCUGUGGGUAUGGCUGCUGUGGAAAUCGCUGCCGUAUGCUGAACUCUGUGUUUUCCUCUGCAUUUGGUUUGAUUGGGGCAAUAUACAGCACCAGCGUGGCAUCCUCAGCACUGGCUAUUGGACCAAAGUGCCGUGUUGAAUCAGGGACCUGGGUAUAUCCGUUUGACCCGAAAAAACCCGAAAAUACCACCAGUUACUUGGUGGAUAAAACUCAGUGGUCUGUCUGUAUUUUCCCGGAAAACGUAGUUCUCUGGCACAUCGUUCUCUUCUCCAUCAUACUAGGCCUGGGUCUCCUGCAGAUUGUGCUUCUUGGGAUCCAGGUUAUUAAUGGCUGCAUGGGUUGUAUAUGUGGGGACUGUCGAAAAAGGCCAGAGGAUGAUGGAGGUUUGUGAGUGGAAGAUAUUAUCAAGACAGAGUCAUGGAAUUAAAUUCUACAAUACAUAUUUUCGUCACUGAUAGAUAAGUCACAUACAUAUCUAUUUAUUAAGGUGAUCUACAUGAACAAAUUAAAAAUGACUGUGCUUAAACAUGCAAUUUUAAUCAUUAAUUCAAAAUAGAUCUAUUUUUUUAUAGUGUAUUCACUGUCAGUCAAGUCAAGUCAAAUCAAUUUUAUUUCUAUAGCGCUUUUAACAACGUACAUUGUCUCAAAGCAGCAGAAUUGAAGAGAUUAAAUUCAGUCAUCUGAAAGCAACACUGCAUAUGUGAAUAUAGCUUAGAUAUCUACUUUUGAUGUCACUGUGUUAUUUAUAUUGCUAUAACAAUCAAUUAUUAACUUUAUAUAGCAUAAAUGUGUUAAUGAUUCACUAAGAUUGUGUAAUAUCUUUACAUAAAGUUUGAAGCUCUAAGGCCAGAUAAUAAGAUUGUGUAAUUGUGUAAAAUCUUUGCAUAAAGCUUGAAGCUCUAAUAAAAUGUUUACCUUUGA